AUGGUCUACGCGUUCGUGCGCAAUGCGCACAGAUUCAAACGUCAUCGUAUCACUGAAGCGUACAUGCGCGUGAUGCGAUUGAAACUCACGUGGGUAUUACUGUGUACAACAAAGCGCGUUCAGCCAAACGAGGAUAAUACAACACAAAUGAUGAAGACGGAUGAAGAGGUUAGCAAGCUUCUUAAGUAG